AUGAGCUCGCUUUCUCCGGUCCUCACGGACUUCUUCGCCUCACAUAAAAACCAGUUUUAUUUAGUGACACAGGAGCCGAUGUUAUGCUGUACAAUCCUCAUGAUAUCCUCUCGGCAUCAUAUUUUGCCCGGGGUUGGCGGUCGUUCUCGCGCAUUCUUCAUUCAUCAGCGCAUGUGGCAGCAUUGUCAACAUCUUUUGAUGCGGCUGACACUCGGCCAAGAAAAGAUAUCCAAAGCGAAGACUCGGAAUAUAGGGAGCAUUGAGGCUUUGCUAUUAAUGUCUGAAUGGUUCCCUCGACAACUGCAGUUUCCGCCCGAGACGGACGGCUGGGACUCUGAUUUUAUCAUGACGAAUUUGGAUGCACGCGAUCCUCCCUUGCCAGUUGAAGAAAUACCUGUCUCUGACACCUGGAAACAAGAUGUCGUGGAGCCCACAAAACGUUUUGAACACAUGUCAUGGAUGGUUUUGAGUCUUGCUUUGGCCCUGGCCCAUGAACUAGGUGCCUUUGAUCCUAAUGCUCGGAUGUUAAAGCUCGGCGACCUAGUUGGCUUUGAUGCUGAGAUGUACCUUCAACAUCUCGAACUGCGUCGUCAACGCCUUCCAAGCCUUCUUUUCGUAUUCAUAAACGCGUUAUCUUCCAGGCUAGGAUGCACGUCACCGAUGCCUUCGGACGUUGGCCUCAUGAUGCCUGACCCGGGAUUGCUUCGACUAGACAAAAGGGGCAAUGAAUGGCUGGUUUUCAUGAAGUCAUGGAGAGAGCUAAGCAAAAUUACCUCAUCCAUUAUGCAAACGCUGUUUCCCUUGAUGAGUACAUCUCUGGCAACUGGAACGGCGGAUGCAUUUUUCUCCAUCUUGGAACAAAAGCAGAACCUGUUGGAAAACUGGCGGCAACGAAACCUGAGCAUCGCUGUCCCUGGGUCGUCUUUCACUGAUAUAAUGUUCAUCGAGCAUCAACAUCUCCGGGUACUCAUCAACUCUAUCGGAAUGCAGGUCGUCGUGCGGCGAGUUUUAUCAAAGACAACAUAUGCCGAGUCCACAAUCGAUUAUUCCUUCAUAGAAAGAGCACGACAGCUCAACAUGACUGCUCGGGAGUAUGGUUUUAUCCAGGAAGUAAUCGAUGGUUGCUGCCAAACACUCGAACAGGUCGCUGCUCUCGGCAAAGCCGGCUCCCUAUACUUUUCCCCCAUGAGGUUGCUCUUCCGAACAAUCAGCGCUUCCAUAUUCCUGAUGAAAGCCCUUGCUUUGGGUGUACGGAACAGCAAGUUGCAGGAAGCCUUGCAGAUUCUCGAUAGAGCUAUAGAAUCCUUGCAAGAUAACAAUGAGGACGACAACCACAUGAAGUUACGAUAUGCUGCGCUGCUCAAUACACAGGCUACUCGGCUACGGAGAAGUCUGAUGUCAUCAAUUCCUGUGAUUGAAGCCCCCAAUGUCGAUUCCGGUCUUCUUCAAAAGCCUUCACAAACGCUAGACAUGUACUCGUCUGUAACCCAGACUCUCAGCAAUGACCAGGGAGUAUAUUCGAACUUGUCUGGCUUUGAUCCAGAAGGUCCCCUUGACUUUGAUGUUAAUGACUGGCUAUCUUUACCCUUCGAGCCAUCCAUGGUUCCGUUCGGGGCGAAUGCAACGGAUAGUUGGGCUAGGCUGGACGGUGUUGACAUGGAUUUGGAGUUUCUUUGGCAGCUGCCCGCAUAA